AUGGGAGGUCGGGAGAUGGGAGGUGGGGAGAUGGGAGGUGGGGAGAUGGGAGGUGGGGAGAUGGGAGGUGGGGAGAUGAGAGGUGGGGAGAUGAGAGGUGGGGAGGUGAGACGUGGGGAGAUAAGAGGUGGGGAGAUGAAAGGUGGGGAGGUGAGAGGUGGGGAGGUAUACCCCGCGUUUACUGGGCUGCUAUCCAGCAGCGCAGCAGUCAACCCGGCCUUCCACGCGUGGAACCUGGUGCGCCUGGUGUACUGCGAUGGGGGCGGGUACACGGGCACGAGAGGGCGCAUAGAAGUGGCAGGAAACAAGAGCUUGUACCUGGACGGGUGGAACAUCGUGCAGGCUGUGCUGAAAGAUCUGAGGGAGAAGAGGGGCAUGGCAGCAGCAUCGCGCAUCCUGCUCUCGGGCAGUUCAGCAGGCGGGCAGGCAGUGGUGAUGCUGUGUGACCGAGUGGCUGCUGCCUUCCCUGCCGCCUACACCAAAUGCCAAGGACCAGUUCGGGCAGUACCGGUGACGUGGCGGGGCAACGUGCAGCAAGUGACCUCUGAGUCGACUCAAAAGUCACCCCUCCACUCUCUCGCCCACCCUGCCUGCCCCCUCCCGCCCCUCUCACGUGCAGACGCCAAGGACCGGUUUGGGCAGUACCGGUGGCGGGACAGCGUGCGGCAACUGGCGGCCUUCCACCAGAUCAACAUCCCCCCCUGCCCUAGAGGCGCCUCAGACUCCUGGAUGUGCUUCUUCCCUCAGUACGCCCUGCCCACAGUAACCACCCCCAUCUUUGUCUACCAGGCUCUCUUCGACCUCGUUCUGAUACCAUUUGGUAACCAGCUGGGGCCAAACACCUCAUACAACGCCAAGUGUCUUAGAGAUGAGCUGUUUCAGCAGCGGCCGAAUGUGAGCCUGAUAGUGGAGAGGAGAUCGUGGGACCAGGGGCAUACCAACAGCCAUUCUUCCUCCUCGUCUGUCCACCUGCGCUCCGCUCGCCGCCUGUGGGCAGCUGGAGCGGCGGGAGGGGCGGCGGCAGCAGCAGCAGCAGCAGCAGCAGCGGUUCGAGGCGAAGCCCUCAGCCGCGUGGGCGCGUGGCGCACGACGCGUGGGCGGCGCGUGAGUGCGGCACGUGGCGCUAUGGUACUGGAGAAGGACCUGUUUCGGUUCUACGAGCGGCUCAAGGAGUCGUGCGCGCGCAGCGGUGACCACACGUUGCACGUCUUCGUCGCCGGCAUCUACGUCGACUCCGCCGUCGCGCUCAAGAUCCUCACGGACUUGCUACGAGCUGACUCGCUACAGUACUCGGUGUUCCCCGUGUAUGGCUAUGAUGACAUCACCGCACAUGCCAGCAAGGCUGCGGCUGGUAACCAGGCGUACACGGCAGUGUUUCUCAACUGCGGGGCGACGGAGGACCUGUGUGGGCUGCUGGGCGUGGGGCCGUCUGUGUCGCUCUUUGUGCUGGACUGCCAUCGCCCCGUGCACCUCACCAACGCCGCUCUGCACAACACCAAGGUGGUGCUAGCGCAUGAACACCUCUGGCUUGCGUGUGUGUCCAUCACGGACCAGUUUGUGCAUUCUCGUCUUGCCCCCGAGCACUACACUGCUGGCUGCCUCGACCUGGAGGAGAAGGUGACGACAGCAGCGGCCAUGGAGGCGCCACGGUCAGCAGUGAUGGAGGAUGGCGUGUCGGUCAAGCUACCGGACAUGGGCCGCAUACAGUUCCAACACGAGCUACGGCUCAUGUGCCUCCCUCGGUGGAACCUCUUUGACUCGCUGCUCUACUCCUCCUACCCCGCCACCAAGCUCAAGACCUGGACGGAGCCCGGGCUCCGGCGCCUGCGCCUGCUGCUGGGCCAGCUCGGCAUCCCCCACGCGCAGGCCAAGCAGCGCUACCCCUUCAUGCCCGCUGCUACUCGCAGUCGCUUAAAGGACGACGUGCAGCGCUUUGGUCCGAGCCACGGGCUGUCAGACAUGUGCUACCGCGCGUUCCACCGAUACAACGGAUACAAGUUCCACAUGUCGGCAUCAGACGUGGUGUAUGGCAUCACAGCGCUGCUGGAGAGCCACUCGCCUGCACCCACGGGGCUUGCACCCGGGGACAAUGGCGCCGCACACGCUCACACCAACGACUCCUUCUGGACUGCUCUCUCCGCGCUGCACCUGCGCGGGUGGAAGCAGCUAGAAGAGGGCAUGGAUCUGGCCAUCCGCAUGCAGGCAGCGCUGGUCCGCCAGGGCAGCCUUGCCAUCGCCAAGAAGGGCGCCAUCCGCAGCACGUGUGGGAGGCACCGGUUCCGCUACAUGCUGCUGGACGACCACAGCGACGCACGCCUCAUUGCGCAUCCCCUGGCGCUCACGCGCCUGCUGCUCUUCCUCAUGGACGCACUCAAGGAGCAAGGCGAGCGGCCUCGCCCCAUGGUGGUGGCAGCAUCACUGCCAUCAUCGCCAUCAGCACUCAUCGUCGGAGUGUCACACAAACCGAGGCUUGGCCAACUCAUGGGAAACACGUUUGGCGUUGCGUUUGCGAGGGCAGGGGAGCGGCUGGGGGCCGCGUGUGGGUACCGGCAGGACAUGUUUGAAUCAUCAUGUGCCGUGCUGCAGCGCACACACGUCUCCCACUUCUUCCGCCACCUGGAAGAGGUCAUGAAUGACGACAGCGCCGAUGCAGUGAACCUGGACAUGGGCAUGGGCUUGGGUGCAGGGAAACAUGGUAGGGCAGGUGAGAAUGGGCCGGGCUUUCGUGCUGCAGAGGGAGUUGAGGCGGGAGUUGAGGCGGGAGAGAACAAUGGCAGCGGUAGAGGUGGUGAUGGGAACGGGGAAGAAUCCGGCGCUGCUGCCGUUGGUGCUGGUGAUAGGGAAGCUGCUGCCGCUGCUGCUGAUCCUGAUAGUGUCGCUGGUGAUGAUGAUGAUGGUGGUGCUGCUGCUCAUGCUGCUGCUCAUGCUGCUGCUGCUGCUGCUGCUGAUGCUGAAGGUAUCCAGAAGGCCGGUGACAGUGAUGACGACAAUGAAGCUGAUGCUGCUAAUGGGAUCCAGUCUGGAACUUGA